UCCAAUGCGGACAAUCACUCGCUCUGCUCCACAAAAUGUAUAUAGGUAUGUAUAUAUUAUAUAUUGAAAGAAAUGCCGUUAAAUAUGUACCAUAAAGAUUUACACCUUUUGCCAAUCAAUUAACACGCACGCACACGCACACACACAUAUAACACAUAGAUGUAGAGUGCGUGAAAGAGAGGUACUUUCAUUACUCAUUGGCGGCAAUUUCUUGACUUGAAUUUUUGUUUUCUAUUUGCCUUGUUUUACAGCUCUCGUUGCUGUUGCUGUUGUUGUUGUUGUUGUUGUUGAUUACGCGACUUUUACGCGCAUUUCAUAAUACAACACGUAAUGGCAAAUAAAUUUCUUUUCUUUAACUGGCGAAUUUCACAAAACUAACCAAAUUUGGUACACAAAGAAUUUGUUUACUUUCACGCAUUUGAUUUGCAUAACGAAACUCAGCAUCCACCAAAUGCUGUAAAUCUCUUCUCACAUUGAUUAUGUACACUGUAUCUAGUAGUAGUAUAUUCUGUUUUUGUUGCGUAUAUCGAGUGACGACUGUUUACCGCAUCAGCUACUUUGCCGAGUGUCUCGCGUGGGCCGUAGACGUAAACGUAAACUAAAACGUAAACGUAAACGCAAACGCGCACGCGCACAGUUCUCAGCGACAACUACGACAACGACAACAACGACGACGACGGCGCGGACUGCUGAUUGUGUUAUGAACCGGUCGCUGGCUGUGGAGCUAAUGAAAUGCGAGCUACGGUUCUGAGAGCUGUCGGUUGAGUUGAGUGCCCAGAACAAUGCAGUCGGCGUCGCAGUCGCAGUCGCUGUCGACGUCGCAGCUAGCGUACAUUUUAACACGCGCAUUUGCCCUUUACGGUGGAAAGUUCUCAUGUACCCUUAAUAGGUACCAGCGGCUGUCGUCGCUCCAGCUAACAAUGCCAUGCUCCCAUAACAAGGACAGCUCUUUCGAUUCGCCAGAGCCCAAGCCAAAGCCAAAGCCAAAGCCAGAGCCAGAGCCAAAGCAGAGCCAUUCAAAUUGCGAGCAAAGUCAAAGUCAGUUGCCACUGGCAUUGGCCAUGGCUUUGGCACUGGCAAUGGCACUGACUAUGGCAGCAUCCGCAUCCUAUAAAACAAUAUGCAAGGGCAGUCGAAAUCGAGGAGAAUCCAAGCCAACAAACGAACGAACAAACAGCCAACCGAGCGCAGAGCGAAACGUAAAAAGCGAACGACUUUUGCAGCAUCACGUUUCACGAAUUCGCGGCAGAACACGUCCCUGUUCCUGGGCGCAUUAA